AUGACUUCCACGGCGAUUGAUGGAGAGCGGGAUCGCGCGAUGCUGUUUCCAGACUACUACUUCUUUGCAGAAAGACGUUUGGUAAAUCAUACUGUUGAAGAGAAACGCGUCAAGAAUUUGGAUGACUGUGAGCUUUUAUGCUACCUAAACGAAAACUGCGUCAGUCUUAACUUCAAAAAAGAUCCAGAUGAUAAUCUUGAGAAUAAUAGUCUAGGACACAGUUGUGAGCUAAAUAACGCCAAUCAUCUGGAGUAUGAUGGUGAUCUGAAAACUGAUGCUGUUUUUUACUAUCGGGGCUCGAAGAACGCUUGCAGUAACAAUUCCAUGUGCCAAAAUAAUGCAACUUGUCAGUCUGGCUUCACAUUUAAGGGAUAUCGAUGCUUGUGCCCUCUUGGAUUCGAGGGAGAACGUUGUGAAAAAGAUACAGACGAGUGCAAAACAACUCCUCAAAAAUGCCACGUUAACGCUGCGUGUAAUAACACACACGGAUCAUACGUGUGCACAUGCAAGCCUGGAUAUGUCGGAGAUGGACGGGAUUGUACAGAUAUUGACGAAUGCAACGAAACCUAUGCAGUUAAAAGGAACAAAUGCCAUCUGAAUGCCUCUUGUAUUAAUACGCAGGGCUCAUACAAUUGCUCUUGUAACCCUAAUUACGUCGGUGAUGGUUUUAAUUGUGAAGCUGAUCCGUGUUAUAAUUACAAAAGCCUGAGCGAUGCCGAUAGAAAGAGCAAUCACCAAACACCCAAGUAUCAAGAGGUGUGCGACAAUUCACUCCCUGAGGGAUGGUAUCGUUUUGUGGGAGCUGCAGGAACAAAAAUGCCAACAACGCGUGUGCCAGCAUACAGAUGUGGAACAAACUGGUCGGGCUGGUUAAUGACUGCUCAUCCUACAUUGGAAGAUGGUGAAGUUCUCCGGACGGUUUGCUUCAGUGAUCGCUCUACUGGUUGCAAAUACUCAAACGGGAUUUCUGUUAAAAACUGUGGAUCCUACUUCAUCUACGAGUUUUUUAAACCACCUGGUUGUGAUUCGCGCUACUGUUCUACAGACUGA